UUGCUUUUUUUUUCAAACCUUUUUGGUCACGCAAAUCAAAAUCGAAACUCGUAAUUUUUUUAAUUUUGUAUCUAUUGUAUUUUCAAAAACACGUUGAUUCCACGUGUUUUCUGCCAACAACACAAAAUUUUCAAUAUGUCCGCCAGUGACUGGGAAGAAAUUAAACGUCUUGCAGCUGAUUUUCAGCGCGCACAGUUGUGUGAGUCAUUGCAUAAACUAUCUGAAAGAAAUUGUAUCGAAAUUGUUAAUAAACUUAUAAAACUCAAAUUGCUUGAUGUUAUAUAUACUAUUGAUGGUAAAGAAUAUUUAACUCCUCAACAAGUUGAAAAGGAAAUUCGCGAUGAGCUUUCAGUUCAUGGAGGAAGAAUUAAUUUGGUAGAUCUCCAACAGAUUCUGAAUAUUGAUUUAUCUCACAUAGAAUGUAGAGUUAAUGAUCUUGUACGUGGAGAUCGACAUUUUAUUUUGAUACAAGGACAACUUCUAGACAAAGACUAUUUAGAUAGGGUUGCUGAAGAAAUCAAUGAAACACUGCAAGAGGCUGGUCAAGUUGCUAUUGCAGAUAUUGCUACAUCAUUUAAUCUUUCAGCAGAUUUUUUAUUAUCUGUGAUUGAAACAAAGCUUGGUACAAUAAUACGUGGCUCGUUAGAUCCAAUAAAUCGUGAUGUUCUGUUUACAUCUGCUUUUAUUGCAAGAAAUAUUGCAAAAAUCCGAGGAAUAUUCAGUGCUGUAACAAGACCUGUCCAUGUCAUACAACUGAUUGCUCAAUAUGGUUUACCAGAAAAGUUUUUUUACAGUGUUCUGGAAACUCUUAUGAAUACUCAUCGUUUAUGUGGUAGUAUACAGGGAUAUCAUGAAAAAGCUAUAUUUACACCUGAUAUUUACUCUAAAACACAAACAAACUAUAUAGACUCAUUUUUCAAUCAAAAUGGGUAUAUAGAGUAUAAUACCUUGGUGAAGUUAGGUAUUAAUGAUGGACAACAGUUCAUGAAGAAACGUUUUUCUGGCAAUAUUUUAUUGUUAUCUUCCUGUUGUGUCAAUCACCACAUAAUUGACCAAGUUGAUGCUGCUAUUCAAGAUUCUCUUCUAAAUAAAUCCUUCAUUGAUAUAAAGCCUCUUGUUCCUUCUCCUUUUCAUGAAGAUACUAAUAUGUUACUCCAACAUUGCUUGAAAAUCAAUAAAAACUCUGCAACAGUGUUUUGCGAACGAGUUGUGUCAAGUCAUGCUUACUUAGAUCAUUGUAAACAACUUUUUUACCCAUUGAUGAAACAAAAAGCCAAUAAGGAUAUUAAAACAUCUCCUGCUCUUUUUGCUGAACUUACUCGCAAAGAAAAAAUUGAUGUCAGCGAGUCAGGUACUGGUGAUGGCAAACAAGCAAAAAAAGAUGAACGAAACAAAAAAGCAAAUUCUGGUAGUGGUCAAAAAGGAGGAGGUGGUAGAGGUGCCAGAGAAUCAUCAACAAAGAAAACAAAGAACAAAUAUAGAGAGCGUUUGAAAGGGAAUGAAAAAGAAAAUGAUGAAAAUGAAGAGUUUGCUGAUUCAAAAAAAAUUUCAACAAGCAGUCAACUAGUCAAUUUUUUUUCUGUUGAACAAAUUGAAGAAGUUUUAAAAUCGGAACUGAAAGAUUGUGAAGAUAGUGAGUUUGUUCAUGAAAUUGCUUCAUACUUAUUCAGGCCAUUGACUAGAGAAUAUCAGAAUGUUGUAAAAGAUGUUUUUGUAUCAACUGCAGGAUCAGUUUCACUCACUAAAAAAAACUCUCACCAAGACUACCAAGAAAAGGUUAAUGGUUUAUUGGCUAAUAUGAAGCUGUUUGAGAAGGGUUUAAAUCUAUUUGAAGGUGAAACUCGUAUUUUAUUGAUUAAGCAUUUGUUAAAAACAAUUGGUACUGAUAUUGUUAAUGUAAUAUGUGAACUAGUUGCAAGUGAACAUUUAAUGUCACUCUCUGAAAAUGAAGUUUUUACUCAAGACACUCGAUUAAAACUUCUAAAUAAAUUGUCUGGAGACUGGAAAGAAGUUAUGACAAAAUUGAAUAGUUCUUUAGGGGGAAAGGACCUUGAAGACUUCUUUAUUCAGCUAGAUCGUGCUACAGACAUUAAUCAUUGUGAUUUGGCUAUUAAAAAGAUGGAUAAAAAAAAAGAAAGACAGAUAUUAUUUAAUCACCGUCAGAGUUUAAUCGACCAAUUGGAUAAUGAAACAGAUCCAGCGAUGGGACUUCAUUUAGCAUGUGUUUUACUUUUCCAAUAUCAAACAGGUAUGUUACUUCACGCACCUGGAAGAUGUGUUCCUCAGCUCAUAGCGUAUCUAGAAAAACGUAUCAGUGAUUCUGAUCAUAAAAUAUUACAUGAAUAUCAACAACUUGUCAUAAAACAUUUAGUUUUUAAAAAUAAGACUCCUGAAUCGGAAUGUCUAGACUCAACAGAUAGCCAAGAUAAUUCGUCUAAAUGUUUAUCUGAAGGCAUUAUCUUAAUUAAACAAAUGGUUAAGAAUUUCAAAAAAACGCAUCAAGAGGAUUUAUAACGAAUACAAUUUUAUCUACUAGUUUCGUCAGAGUAGCCAAAUAAACUGUUUAAAAAAUUCGCAAUUAAAUAAAAAAUUUAAAUCUGCUAAAAA